AUGGAUUUAAAUUUCCAAAGCUUUAGAAGUAUUUGUGAUUUUAAUCAAACAUCUGGAAUGAGUUAUGGAACAACCAAGGAUGCCAAGAAGGAUUUACAAAACGAUAUCGAAACAUUUAAACUCAGAAAAAUUGAUCAAUUCAGUGACUCAACCUGCUAUAUGAAUGUAAAAUGGUUCGAUGAGAGAGGUGUAAAUAUGAUAUCAUGUUUGGAUAAGGAAAAACAUAGUUUUUCACUGUAUGACGUAGAAACAGUCUCAAGAGCAAAUGAUCCAACCACAAGGAAGAGACGGGACGAAAUCUAUCCUCUCUUCCAAUAUCAUAUCAAUGAGAACACAAGUUUGUUACACCCAACUAAUAGACUCUUGUUUUCAGUACAUAGAGGAGAUAGUACAAACAGGAGAGGAAUAUUGAGCUCCCCUUCUUUUGAAAGAGAUGACAAUGAAUAUCAAGAGAGAUUAUUUGUAAUGAGUAGAUCGUCUCUACUUGUGAAUUCAAAUUCUACCAAAAAUAAUUCAAUCCUCCAGGAAUUCCUCUUGCCAGCCAAUGAAAUGGUAAAAGGUUUCCUUAGUGGCUUUAUGUACAGAGAGGACUCGAUUUCACAAUACAAAUUCAAAGAAGAAGCUACACAAUUCGAGUUGGAAGGUGUUAUUUUGUGGACACAGACUGGUAUUUAUGAACUCCGUCAAAAGUAUGCACCACUCAAAAUAUUUGAGUAUAUUAUUUCUAACAAGCAAAAUGUUGUGAAAGACAGCGCUCAAGUCGAUCAAUUUGGGCAAACUUUUGAGAUGGACAUUCUUAAAUUAUAUGAGCAAUAUGCAGACGAGAAAUUCGAGAGUGGAGACAUUGAUUUUGCAUUUACACUGUACAACCUUUCGAAUGUAAACGAGGUAAAAUAUGUACAAAGACUUUCUCAAGCAAAAAGAUCAGAAGAGGCAUUUAAUUACUUGUUAUCAGUUUUAGAAAAUUCAGGAAGUAUAUCCCUAUCAAAACGCAAGCAGCUGUCCAAUCUUCUUUUUGAUUGUUUUAUGCAAAAGCUAAUCUCAUCAAAAGAAUGUGAUGUUGAGCUUUGCAAACAAUUCAAAAAUUUUUUACUGGCCAAUACUGAUAUUAAUCCACAAGUUGUCAUUUCUCAAUUAGUGCAAUAUUGUUGUUGUGAUGAGUUUAAAUCACAGGAGCAAACAAUAAUUAAUAUGGAAUUAGUUCUUGAGAUUGCCCACAAGCACAAUCUUGUAAAGUAUACUUUGCAAUUUUUGGUUUCUAGAGGAUAUAUCAAUAUUUUGACUGAGGAGGGUGGUAUUAGAUUUUUACAUGAUAACGAAUAUGCCUACACCACUCAAUCUGUUGGAUACGGCGUAUUGUUACAACAUUGUUCAACCAAUACCAAACUCAAAUUUUUGUUGGAUUAUCUAGAGACAAUGAGAGCAACCAGGGCUAGGGUUUUCUCCUCUUCUGAGGAGGAAGAAAACGAGGCAGAAAAGGACGAAUAUUUUGGAGCAAUGAAUUUUGGAAAAAAGCCAACCAACACACAAAAAGAAUCUCCUAUCAAACAACAACUCUUUUUUGAAGACACUUUUGAAACAAUUCAAUAUAAUUCCAAGCUCUUUGGAUUGAUUCUAUGCUUGUUACCGAGAGUGGAUGAUCUUUGCUUACUGUUGAAUGUAUGCACCAAGUUUAAUCCAGAGGAAAACUCUUUCAUCACCAAGGAAACAAGACAAACUUCUUCUGCACUAAUGAAAGAUCCAUCCUACACAAGAUAUUUCCAUUACCCUUAUAUUCACUUGGAGCAACACUUGGAAAUUUUUAUAGUGGCAAUGUUGUGUCUUGUUAAUUUGAAGAAGAAAUUGGCAUUCAAUCUCCCAGAUUCUACUAAUUCUCUCAAUAUUUCGUCUAACAAUCUUUAUACCCAUACACAAGAAAAGUUGGAACAAUGUAUCAAGUGCUAUAACAUGUACAGAAAGCAAUUCGUUGUAUCAUACUGCUUGAAAUUACAUAACAAGUCAGUGCUUGCACUUAUCUAUGAGAAGGACGAAAUGUGGAUCGAUGCACUUUGUUGUAAAUUAGUACAACUGAAAGAAAACUUUAAGAUUGUACUGCAGGAGCCUACAAUGAUGGAAAAUUUACUCAAACAAUUCUACACCAUAUUUGAUCGCUAUCUCACCAACAAAUCAAAUGAACUGGAUGAAGAAACCAAACUAAAAAUGUUGGAAAAGCUUUUCAACUUCUACUGUAGUCUUUCACUACCGGUUUCAAAACUCGAAGAUCAUUGUCUGAGGAAUAUACACAUUAUUGGAGAUACUUUAUCCCUUCUCUUACUGCUCCCAUCUCAAAAUAAUGCAAGUGGAAGUAUACUCAAAAAGAAUCUCAAAUUUUCUCAUCAAUUCUAUCUUAAGAUUACUCAAAGCUAUGUUAGAAAUGUCAAGAGGCACGAGAAGGAAGAGGAAAAGGCCUCCAAAAAUCUUCUCCAACAAAUAUUUAGAAAUAUGGAAAAGGACUUGUACAAGAGAAAUUACAUAUCAAUCACUCAAUCUGAAAUAUCAAGACUUCACCAACAAGAUGAGAAAUUGGUAGUGUUCACUUGUGGCGAUCAUUAUACUAGAACUAAUUUUACAAACAAUAUUAUUCCAGAAUUCAAGAACCGAACAAGUCAACUAAUUUCUGUAAUGAGCUCUGAUCUCAACAAGAAGGUUUUCAACUUGGCAACGGAUUACAUUUUGAAAGAUUACCAAAACUUACUCGAAGAAAGGUGCAUGCACACCAACCAAGCUUGUCCAAUUUGUGUCUUUAACUUUUUCUUAAAAAAUGAAAAAGCCAAAGUGCAAAAAUUGAAACCACAAGCAACCAGAAUGUUCCAUCACCAACAAAUACUUCCCAACAAUAGUAAUCCUUCUAAUUUAAGUGAAGGCACACUCCAGUAUAUUUCAAAUAUUGAGAAAAUUACUUCUUGGACCUUAUAAUAAACUGGCAACUUUC